AUGUUGGGACUCGGAAAGGGUAUUGCCAAAGCUGGGGAGCCAAACAACCUAUCACCCCUUUCCCCUGGUGUACCAUAUUUAGACUCCUCGGCGUAUUAUGGAACUCUUCGACGUAAACAGCGGAGAUUAGCGAGAGAAAAUCCGGGACUUCUGGAUGCCAUCGCCAAAGGUGCUAAGAUGGCCAUCCACGAAUGUCAGUUUCAGUUUAGAAAUCAACGGUGGAACUGUUCGACGAGGAAUUUUCUUCGGGGCAAGAAUUUGUUUGGAAAGAUCGUUGACAGAGGUAAGUGA